CGGCGCCUACUCCCAUCCGGAGAUGACUGCGUACGCUGAACAUUCAUUUCAGUAAGGAUCGCCGCAGCGAACGCAACAAACACACUUGCAACCCGUCCUAGACUGCGUCGCGGGUCUCGACUUGUCUUUCUCCGCACCGAGUGCUUGUACUGUUUGUACUACUGUGAUUAGUGCUGCCCAUAGCCCACCGACGCCUUUGCUUGUGGUUCGUCCAGAACAUGACAAUUGUAAGACGCACCCUUGUCCCAUCUGGGCGCAGCAAGUCUGGUAUCACGGGCCUCGCAGCGCACUUUUUGACAUGGGCAUAUCAGUCUACCCGAGCUGGCGCAGGGUCACCCAUUGAUCGGGGUGCAAAAGAGUCGAGCUGCCGGGCUGCUUCAGCGAGCGCGGUGUGCAAGCGCAGGCUGACAUUCUCCUUCCAAUACUACAUUGUUGCUCUACAUCGGCGCAGUGGAUGUUCGGGAGCUGUCGCAGCUACUGACCCCUUCGCAGCGACUCGCCUUCCUUCGAAUGGCUACAGGUCUCCCGUCCGCAGAAUUAGGCCGCGAGCUGGUACCCUUGCCACAGCGCAUCAAGGACGGCCUUGCAGCCGGGCAUCGGAUGCACACGAGAGACGUGAAAGCGAGUGUCUGGUGAAAUGUGCACGUUUAAGGUGCACGCACCUUUGAAGCUUGCCGGUUGGAAAGUUUAGAGGUGUAGACGAGCGUGUUCCACUUGC